AUUGACGCUUGUGAAUAUCUACCUACAGCAGGGAGUUUUGUUAGCUUCGGGUCUGUGUGGCUCAGCUGGCGAGUUUCCACAGUUAUCGUGUAAACAGCUCUUUUAACUGGUUUCAGAACAACAAAGCAAGGUUCGCUGGUGGGCGAACAUUAGCUUAAACACAAUGUUUCCAGCCGGCAGAUAUUCAAAUAAAGCCCACAGGUGCUUACGGGCAUUAAAAACGUUACAGAGCGAGCAUGCUGCCCCUCAGCUCUACACAGCACUACACAGGAGAGCAUGCUCCUCAACAGCGGCAGUGCCUCGCAUUACAACACACUACACCAUCUAUCCUCGGGAGAAAGACUCAAGAUGGGAAGGGAUCGAAAUGGAGAGGUUUGCGGAUGAGGCAGAUGUAGUUAUAGUAGGUGGGGGUCCCGCAGGUCUUUCAGCAGCCAUCCGCCUGAAACAGCUUGCUAAUGAGCAGGAGAAGGAGUUACGAGUGUGUCUGGUGGAGAAGGCCUCCCAGAUUGGAGCGCACACACUGUCCGGAGCCUGUCUGGAGCCCAGUGCACUCGCUGAACUAUUUCCUGAUUGGAAAGAAAGAGGCGCCCCUUUAAACACUCCAGUGACAGAAGAUAUUUUCAGCAUUUUAACAGAGAAACACAGAAUCCCUGUCCCCAUAUUGCCAGGUCUGCCUAUGAGGAACCAUGGUAACUACAUAGUGCGGUUGGGCAACCUGGUUCGCUGGCUGGGUGAGCAGGCAGAGGAGCUCGGGGUGGAGCUGUACCCUGGUUAUGCUGCAUCUGAGGUCCUGUUUCAUGAAGAUGGAAGUGUAAAGGGAAUCGCCACUAAUGAUGUAGGCAUCUCUAAGGAUGGCUCACCAAAGGAUGUCUUUGAAAGGGGAAUGGAGCUCCACGCCAAGAUCACGUUGUUUGGAGAGGGCUGUCAUGGCCACUUAGCCAAGCAACUUUACAAUAAAUUCAACCUGAGAGAGAAUUGUGAGCCUCAGACCUAUGCGAUCGGCUUGAAGGAGGUGUGGUCAAUUGAUGAGAAGAAGUGGAGGCCGGGCAGAGUGGAGCACUCCGUAGGUUGGCCCCUGAACAGGCACACAUAUGGAGGGUCAUUUCUGUAUCACCUGAAUGAAGGAGAACCACUGGUGGCUCUGGGCUUUGUGGUUGGUCUCGAUUACUCCAACCCGUAUCUCAGCCCUUUCAGAGAAUUUCAGCGCUGGAAACACCACCCAUUUAUUGCACCUACUCUAGAAGGAGGUCACAGAAUUGCAUAUGGAGCCAGGGCCCUGAAUGAGGGAGGAUUUCAGUCAAUCCCAAAGCUGACAUUUCCUGGAGGGCUGCUCGUUGGCUGCAGCCCAGGUUUCAUGAAUGUCCCAAAAAUAAAGGGAACUCACACGGCCAUGAAGAGUGGCAUGUUGGCAGCUGAGGCCAUUUUCCCCAAAGUGAUCGCUGAAGAGCCACAUUCUGAUACGAUAGGGCUCCAUGUGCCUGAAUAUGCUGAGAACCUAAAGAAAUCAUGGAUUUGGAAGGAACUUCAUUCGGUUAGAAACAUCAGGCCGUCGUUUCACAAUUACUUUGGCCUCUACGGCGGCAUGGUGUACACCGGCAUUUUCUACUGGAUCCUCCGUGGGAAAGAGCCAUGGACACUGAAACACAGAGGCCUUGAUGCACACCAGCUGAAACCAGCCAAAGAUUGCACGCCGAUCGAAUAUCCCAAACCCGAUGGCAAGAUAAGCUUUGACCUGCUGUCCUCAGUGGCUCUGAGCGGCACCAAUCACGAGGGGGACCAGCCACCGCAUCUGACCCUGAGGGAUGACAGUGUUCCGGUCAGCAGCAAUUUGUCCAUAUACGAUGGGCCUGAGCAGCGCUUCUGCCCUGCAGGUGUGUAUGAGUACGUCCCCACUGACGCUGGAGAUGGGAUGAGGUUGCAGAUAAAUGCUCAGAACUGUGUCCACUGUAAGACCUGUGACAUUAAGGAUCCCAGUCAGAACAUCAACUGGGUCGUUCCUGAAGGCGGCGGCGGACCUGCGUACAACGGAAUGUAAAUCUCAAGGAUUUUGGUUUUUGCCCUUCACAGCCUUCUGUGUGAAAUGAUAACUGUAAGUAUGAACAUUGACACGUUACAGAAUUACUGAGGAUCACAAAUGUCUUCAAGUGCAAAACAGAGGAACAACUAUGUUGCUAAUAAUAAAAAUCAUGUUUUUUAUUAUAAAACACUGAAACCAAACUUAGGAAGAAACUGUCAAGUCAGAAUAAAUAAUCAAUUUUCUUAUAACCACAGAAUUGGCAUUCAGAACUGUUUGAAUCGUCUGUUUUUUUUCAAUGUUUUCAACGGACCGUAAAAGCUAAUAUAUUUAAUUCUAGACGUGUAAUGAAGCGUACAUUUUAUUUUUGGAAACACACAUAUAGUGAUGUGUUUAACAAUAAUACAAAUAUUUACUGUUUGCAUUAGAAAACAGUGUUCAUAUCAGUCUAUGUUGCCUUACAUAAAAAUGGUGAUCUAGGCCUCUACUGUCAGCCCUGGCUGAAUUAGUGGUGAUAAUGUGUCGUAGAACAAAUGGAUGUGGUCACACAGCUACCGGUGUCUGGUAUUGGAAAUAACUCUGCAUGAGAUGUGUUCCCUUUCAAAUUUCUGACCAAGUAAAUUAAAUUAUGUUAAUUAUAAUAAUGUUAAGUACUUUUGUGUGUCUGUGUAGGGUUUAUAAUUGAGGCAUCACUGACUCUGAUACUAAUGGGUCAAUGUUUUCGCAAUAAAUUUAACAAUGCACAUUAGCAGAGACAUUUAAAAGGAAUCCCUUUAAGAGGAAACUCUAUAGUCAUACAUCAUGGGAGUACUUAGGACUCCUUAUGGGUAUUUGAAACCAGUAAUUGCGAUGAAUGACAACUUAUCUUACCAUAUAAUCGUGAACUUGCACAAAGUUAUAUCCAAAAACAGCAACGGACAGUUGUUGACCUACUUCAACAUCACUUGAUUAAAUCCAUAUUAACAUCGUUGUACAAACUUAUGAACGAAGAACACUUGAGUGCUGUAUUUUGAUUUAUUGAUCUUUGUACAAAGCAUAAUAAAACAAAUGGACAGACUGU